AUGUCCAUUAUGAUGAGCAAUUCUGCGGGCCUAAAUGCGCAAGUGUUAUUUGCACGUGUGGAGUUCACGAGGGAUAGACGAAUAGACGCAACGCAAUACGGCCGGGGAGACGAUCAGAUCGAUCCAGCUCUACGCAGUCCUUACGACGAGAACGAAGCGUCGUCUGAGAGCUAUAGGGGCCUGGGAGGUCGGCUCUCUGAUAUGGCGAAAGUGCUGGGCGCCCGCGAUAUGCAAAUGCCAACCUUAACUUCGCUGCCGCAGCGUGUCUCGCCCAGGAUAAUCCACCCGAAU